UUUGGUAUCUUAAAAGGUUAUCAAGAAAGAAUUAUUCAUAUAAUGUUUUGAUGAUCCAACAUUACUACAAGAGCAUAAAGAUAGUAGCAGUGUUGAUGCUUUGCACUUACAAAAUAAUCUUGGAUUAUCCCUACACUCAUUCUUGAAGCUCUCCUUUCCGACCCAUUUAGUGAGAUUUAAGUUUUGGCAUGCAAAUUGAUUUGGAAGAAAUAGAGCUUUUCAUCUUGUACUUUUUUGGAAUUUUGAUUUCGUCAAGUUUUGGAUUGCGAAUCUACUGAUUUAAGGUAUAUUGUUACCGAUGUUGUUUGGAGGUUCAAGAGGCGAUGAGGCGAAUGUGUUAAGAGUAAUCCGUAAGAGGUACAGAUGCUCGGUUUGCUGCUCUACUCACUUAGGACAUCCACUCUGUUGGUUGGUAGUGCUCUUUUGUUCAGAGCCUUAUUUUGGUUCAAGAGGCGAUGAGGCGAACGUGUUAAGAGUAAUCCGUAAGAGAGAUAUUCCCUACUCUGGAUAUAUGCUGUGCUGUGGCGUCAGUGAUGGGGUGGCAACCACGUUUUGUUCAUUGAGUCCCAUAAUGGGGUCGGAUAUGACAUAUGUGUUUCCGCUUGCAUUAUCAGGCCAAAUGAUGCAGCUAGUGGAUUCAUUUCACCCAUGAACAUAAGAACCAAUGAAGUUUCGUCGUGCAGUUGUAUUAGAUAAUUAAGUAUAGUAAUUGCUUGAAUGGAUGUAGUAGAUUCUUUAUGAUUAAUGGUUGGAAUGAAUGUGCUCAAUGUUAGUUUUUGAGAUAAAUGAUGAUACUAAUGUUUGUGUUUAAUGAUUGGAAUAUAUGUGUUUAAAGUAAGUUUGAGACUAAUAUUAUAUUUGUUUUAUGUUAAUGCAUUUGUGGUUCAAUAA